UGUCGCCGCUCGUUAUGGAAUCGGCGAAUUGACAAUGUUUCAGUCAAGAAACGAAAGUAAUCGAGGGUGUGUCGCGUAGCAAAGAAUUUCGUUGAGCAAACGUAAAGAAAAUAAUUUUCACCAUUGACGUAGGAGGAAAAUGCCGAUUUUCUCAAAAUUCGCGCUGCUAAAAGGCGCUGAUAGCCUACUACGCCAGCGUCAACGGUUCUUCGCCUUAUCCAAUGUGGCUGCCUCAACCGCACGUCCUGCGCUCACUCAAUUCCGUGAUAUUCUCAAUACACAAAUUACCAACAUUAAAGAUGCAGGCACCUAUAAAAUGGAACGCAUUAUCACCUCUUCACAAAGCACCGAGAUCACUGUGGAGGGUACAUAUAAACGCAUUUUGAACUUUUGCGCGAAUAAUUAUCUCGGCUUGGCGAACAAUCCCGAAGUGGUAAGCUACAGCAAAGAGCUGCUGGACAAAUAUGGUGCCGGGCUUAGCUCGGUACGCUUCAUUUGCGGCACACAAUCGAUACACAAGGAAUUGGAAAAGAAGAUCGCACAGUUCCAUGGACGCGAGGAUGCAAUUUUAUAUGCGUCUUGCUUUGACGCAAAUGCCGGUAUUUUUGAAGCUAUCCUCACACCUGACGAUGCAGUCUUCUCUGAUGAAUUAAACCACGCCUCCAUCAUCGAUGGCAUACGCUUGUGUAAGGCACAGAAACAACGCUACAAGCAUCGUGAUGUGGGAGAUUUGGAAAAACAACUGCAAUCGUCGUCGGCGCGCCUUAAAUUGAUUGUUACCGAUGGCGUCUUCUCAAUGGAUGGCAACAUCGCACCUUUGCCGAAAAUCGUCGAUCUCGCAGCCAAAUAUGAUGCGCUCGUAUUUAUAGAUGAAUGUCAUGCGACUGGUUUCUUUGGCGCUACUGGACGCGGUACUGAGGAGUACUAUAAUCUUUUGGGGCGGGUCGAUAUUAUAAAUUCAACAUUGGGUAAAGCGCUAGGUGGCGCUGCCGGCGGUUACACAACUGGCCCUAAAGAAUUGAUUACGUUGCUACGUCAGAAAUCACGACCUUAUCUCUUCUCGAACUCACUGCCUCCACCAGUGGUGGCGACAGGCAUCAAAGUCAUGGAUAUGCUGAUGCACUCCGAUCAAUUGUCACAGCGUGUGCAAAGCAAUACAAAGCGUUUCCGUGAUGCAAUGACAAAGGCCGGAUUUACAAUCGCUGGGGAAAAUCACCCCAUUUGUCCAGUGAUGUUGGGCGAUGCGCGUCUCGCCUCAAUUUUCGCCGAUCAAAUGCUUUCGCGUGGCAUUUAUGUCAUUGGCUUCAGUUAUCCGGUGGUACCUAAGGGGAAGGCGCGCAUUCGCGUACAAAUAUCGGCAGCGCACACAACGGACGACGUCGAUCAUGCAGUGGCAGCCUUCAUCGACGUCGGCAAAUCGCUCAAGGUUAUCAAGUGAAAAUGAAUGAUCCCGAUAGGAAACUAAAUAGCUUGAGCGGAGCCUGAGCUGGAUGCCAGGAGAAGUGGCGGUUUUUUUAAAUGUGCAUUUAUUAUGUGUAGUGGGUGUAGAGUAGGUAGGUGUAGUACCUACCUACGUGUUUAGAAAUAAAGGAAUAUAAGACAUUUGAUAUGCUGAAAUUAUUUAA